UGGAGGGAGGUGCGAUCCGGUGCAGGGGCUGCGCUUGAGGCCGGAGGAUUUCGAUUAUUUCACCGCCCAGAGCCUCAGCGGUGCUGGGGCAGCGCCGAUCGCACCCGCCGGGCUCGGCUGCCGGCCGCGAUGUCAGCGCAGUGCUGUGCGGGCCAGUUGGCCUGCUGCUGUGGGACUGCAGGCUGUUCCCUCUGCUGCGGAUGCUGCCCCAAGAUCCGGCAGUCCCGGGGCACCCGCUUCAUGUAUGCGCUCUACUUCAUCCUGGUCGUCAUUCUCUGCUGCAUCAUGAUGUCCGAGACUGUGGCUCAGGCGAUGCAGGAGCAUAUCCCCUACUUUGAAGAUAUCUGUAGAAGCAUUCAGGCUGGCAAAAACUGUGAGAAGCUGGUAGGCUACUCUGCCGUCUACUGCGUCUGCUUUGGAAUGGCCUGUUUCUUCUUCAUUUUCUGCCUCAUCACCUUCCAGAUCAACAACAGUAAAAGCUGCCGGGCCUAUAUUCACAAUGGCUUUUGGUUCUUUAAACUCCUGCUGCUAGGGGCCAUGUGCUCAGGAGCCUUCUUCAUUCCAGACCAGGAUACCUUUCUUCAUGCCUGGCGCUAUGUAGGAGCUGUUGGAGGCGUCCUCUUUAUAGUCAUCCAACUCCUCCUGCUGGUGGAAUUCGCACAUAAGUGGAACAAGAACUGGACUGCAGGUACAGCUACCAACAAGCUGUGGUAUGCUGCUCUGUCCCUGGUGACCCUCGUCAUGUACUCCAUUGCCACCGGGGGCUUGAUAGUGAUGGCGGUGUUUUACACACAAAAAGAUGGCUGCACAGAGAACAAAAUUCUGCUUGGGGUCAAUGGAGGCCUGUGCCUGCUGAUUUCAAUGGUUUCUAUCUCACCUUGUGUCCAAAAGCGGCAACCACACUCCGGGCUCCUGCAGUCAGGCCUCAUAAGUUGCUACGUCACCUACCUCACUUUCUCAGCUCUGUCCAGCAAACCUGAGGAAGUAGUUUUGGAUGAACACGGGAAGAACAAUACGAUCUGUUCCCCUGAUUUUGGGCAAGGCUUGUACAGAGACAAGAACUUGGUUACGGGACUGGGAACCACUCUCUUGGUGGGGUGCAUCUUAUAUUCGUGUCUGACAUCCACAACCAGAUCAAGUUCAGAUGCUCUGCAAGGACGCUAUGGGGCUCCUGAGCUGGAGGUCGCACGAUGCUGUUUCUGCUGUGGCCCUGAUGGAGAUGACACUGAAGAACAGGAGAAUGUGAAGGAGGGAAUUUUGGUCAUUUAUGACGAGAAGCGAAGCACUGUCUACAGCUAUUGUCACUUCCAUUUUGUGUUCUUUUUGGCUUCUCUCUAUGUGAUGAUGACUGUCACCAACUGGUUCGACUAUGAACGUGCCAACAUUGAAAACGUCUUCAAAGGGAACUGGUCUAUCUUCUGGGUCAAGAUGGUCUCCUGCUGGGUGUGUGUGUUGUUGUACCUGUGGCGGAUGGUGGCACCGCUCUGCUGCCCCACUCGUCAGUUCCCGGUCUGAUCAUCAACACCGUCUUUUUGACUCAGCAGGACCUGUUGGAACCAGGGCCUAGUGACUGGUGCUUCCCCCUCCUUCCCCCCGAGCUGGAUCACUUUCAGAAGACACCUCAAAUUAGCUUUUUAAUUUUGCAAUUGGAAAAGAAGUUAAGAAAACUUUUGUCCCAAAAGAGUUGAGACCAAAAAAUGUUUUUUCAACCGUAGUGAUAAGUGCUUAUAUAAUAAUGUCCUGGAUGGAUCUUAUCCCUCAAAACUGUGGCGAUCAUAGAUAGAAUUAUUUUCUCCUGGAUUUUCUUUCCAUAAUUUGGGAUACAGCAUCUUGUCACAGUGAUUACGCUGAUUUGGUGUGGCCUGUCAUUUUUACCCUGAGAACACAGAUUCGUGUCAACAUCUUGAGCAUCUUCUCUGCUAAAGUGGGCCCUUCUCCCUUCCUGCAGCUCCUGAGUGUUGAGGGGCUUCAGGAGGAAUACCUGCUUUGAAAACCACCUGCAUGAUGUUUCCUCCUGGCUACCAGAUUUGAAGCUGUGGUGCUGGGAAUCACAGGCUUCACUUUUCUCACAGGUCCUCUCUUCUUUCCUGGGCCCUGGUUCUGUUAGAAUGUGAAAAAGCACAAUUGGCCAUCACUACCCUAUGAUUCCCCCGACUGUAUCAUCACUACUUGAUCCAAGUUCCUGCAAUAAUUCUGACUUAUUUCUGGUGUUCUUCGUGGGCUUAAAUAAUAGUACUUGUGUUGUUUUGUCUGCCUAGAGGGCUACAGUUCUUAACUUGUGUGUGUUAGUUAUUAACACUUCAGGACCUUACCUAAAAUGUUGUGACCGAAGCCUGAUGUACCUACCCCUCUUCAGGUUGAGGCCACCUCACUCUCAGUUUCUCUUCUACCUUGUGAGUCAUAAAAGCAGAAGAGCUUUUGUUUUCUGUAUUUGUAAUAUGACAGGAUCAUAAGAUAAGUGUUUAUCAUGAGUGUUUUUCAGAAAUCAUAUAUAGCACCUCAGACAUGGAUAAUCAGAAAGUUAUACAAGUUGUGAUAGUGACCAAAUCUACUUAGAGGAAAAGCUAGGUGGAAGGAGGUAUUUAACUAAGUUAAAUAAUACACAGACUUUUCCAUAACAUUUAAUUGUAAAGUAAUACUCAUGAGAAGUUUGACUUUGGGCAGCUGUUCUGGUGUUGAGGUCAGUCAAGGAAAAGUUGUUCAGGAGGAGGAUUAUUAGAAAUCCCAGCAGAGAGAGUUAAGGACACCCUUGGUAAUUAUUUGUACAGGUUGAAAAAAAAUCUACCAGAGAAAGAGUUCACAAGGCUGAGAUAUGCUUUGCAUGUAUGGUUCCCUGAGUACUGCCAGGACCAUCCCUUUUUGGCCCACAACACCUUCAGCAGUGGAUUUUUAAAAAAAGGAUGAAAUUAUCCUUUAAACAGCCUUGGUAAAGAGGAUCUAAGACCGAAAGGGUUUGGCCUAUACUUUUGGAGUCCUACUGCCAGAUGGGCUCCCAUGUGCCAAAAUGCUGACUUGAAAGAUUCUUCCUUACUACUUAUUCCUUUGCUGUCCUCACCCCAAAAACAAGAGGGGAACAAAUACAAUGGGUGAAUUCCUUGAGGAACUGGCCUCACAGAGUUGUGAGUCAGUAUUUAAAAGCACUCAUCAGAUAUGUAUCUGAGCCACCUCCUCUAGUAAAUUUUAUCCAAGGUCAGUUUUUGACUUCCAGCCUGAAGCACUCUGAAUUUGGCCGUUGAGUGCAUAUGUGGCCUACCAAAACAAAAUACCACCCUAGUGGUGGCAGUUGGGAUAGCAGUUCCAUGGGCCCAUCAAGUGUGAGA